GACACAAUAAUUGCACAGGAGGGAGGGUUGAAGAAGAAACAGGAAAGCUCUAUAACAGGUCAGAGAAAGAGAAAGAGAGCUGUCAACGGGUCACAGCAAACGUUUCAAGUUUCAAUCACCAUUUUCGCAGCAUAGAUUUGAAUUACAAGUCCAAGAAACUACCAAGGAUCGCUAACUUAGAACAUUUUCGAAAAGAUCUACUACUCAUCUUGCUGAAAAAUGAGCGUUUCGCGAUUCAUCAAGUGCGUCACUGUCGGUGAUGGAGCCGUCGGAAAAACUUGUAUGUUGAUUUCUUACACUAGCAACACAUUCCCAACUGAUUAUGUCCCCACAGUUUUUGAUAAUUUUAGUGCAAACGUUGUUGUGGAUGGGAACACGGUGAAUCUAGGGUUAUGGGAUACUGCAGGUCAAGAGGAUUACAAUAGACUUAGACCUUUGAGUUAUCGAGGAGCAGAUGUUUUCAUUCUUGCAUUUUCUCUUAUUAGCAAGGCCAGUUAUGAAAAUGUUGCCAAGAAGUGGAUUCCUGAACUGAGGCAUUAUGCACCUGGGGUUCCUAUCAUUCUUGUCGGGACAAAGCUUGAUCUUAGGGACAAUAAGCAGUACUUUAUAGACCAUCCUGGUGCUGUUCCCAUCACCACAGCUCAGGGAGAAGAGUUGCGGAAACUGAUUGGGGCACCUGCUUAUGUCGAAUGUAGUUCCAAAACUCAACAAAAUGUGAAAGCAGUUUUCGACGCUGCGAUCAAGAUAGUGCUCCAACCUCCCAAGCAGAAGAAGAAGAAAAAGAAGUCCCAGAAGGGAUGUUCGCUAUUGUAAAUCUGGAAAAAGAACCCUAGUUCUUCUGAACUAACAGGAAAAACGGUCUGCUUUUUAGACAACAUUCAGCUAAUUGUGUAUAGUUGCUAAUAUCGCCGUCUUAACUGGGGCUCCUGUUUUAUAGGCGACGGACAGUUUGUUUGUGUUGACGACGAUGGGUUCAACUUGACUCGAUUAGAUGUGUUUUUUUAAGUGGUUUGCUUGUUUUUCAUUAGGUUAAGCUACUAUCUAUGAAGAUCUGUACUAUAUAGAUUCUCAUAAACCUAUGUUUGGCUUGUUAAUUUCUAAAAUUGUUGAGUUUUGUUAGUGAAUUUGAUCCUUUUGAGCUUUGAUUUA